CCAUGCGCAGUGUUGUCUGAAUCAUAUGAAAGCGUGGUUCCGUUUCCUUACAGCAGCUAACAGUCCGGUGUGGAGGAUGAGCUCAGGCAAUGGGACCAAGAGGAAAGUUGGAAAGCUGCCGCAUUUCAACAACACGUUUGACACCGAAACACUGACUGAGAUUCAGGGUCUUUUUAGUAAAGUUAGAACCUAUGUGAAACCUUCCAAUGGGGAGUGGUGCAUCCCCGACCCAAACGUCGCUCUCAGACACUCUGCGGAGGAGCACUGCCGGCUGCAGGCCCUGAAGGCGUCGCUUAAUGAUGUUAAGAACCAGCUCAGUGACAAGAACGUCGAGGUCUGGCAUCAGCACACCAACUCCACCAAUCGAGCCGGGAAGGUGAUUGCCGCCGUGCGUUCUUCUGCCAACGCAGAGAUCUGCACUCAGGCCUGGUGCAAGUUCUCUGAGAUCCUGGGAACAUUCAAUCUUCUUCCAGAGGAGGCUCUUCGAAAUGGAGAGCUGAACACAGUCCACCUGUGUGAAGCUCCAGGGGCCUUCAUAACCGCUCUGAACCACUACAUCAAAACCAGCGAGUCCACACGUUACUGUGACUGGAGCUGGGCCGCCAACACUCUAAACCCGUACCACGAGGCUAACGGUGGCAGCACGACGAUCGCAGAUGAUCGGUUAAUCGCUAACACACUGCCCUGGUGGUUCUUCGGCUCAGAUAACACCGGCAACAUCAUGAUCCAAAAACAUUUGCUGGAGCUGCAGGCAUUUGUGGCUAACAUGCGUAGAGUUGAUGUGGUGACGGCAGAUGGUAGUUUCGACUGUCAGGAGAAGCCCGACGAGCAGGAGGCGCUGGUGGCGUCACUGCAUUACUGUGAGGUCACAGCUGCCCUGCUGCUCCUGAGCCCCGGUGGCUCUUUUGUGCUGAAGAUGUUCACCCUGUAUGAGCACUCCUCCGUCAGCCUUCUCUACCUGCUGAACUGCUGUUUCCGCUCUGUCGACGUCUUCAAACCUGCCACCAGCAAGUCGGGCAACUCUGAGGUUUAUGUUGUGUGUCUGAACUAUGACGGCAAGGAGGCUGUGAGGCCUUUGCUCUCCAAACUGAUUCGUAACUACGGACCCCAUCUGGCCGACCAAGAGGCACUAUUCCCCAAAUCGCUUGUCCCAGUGUCGUUUCUGAAACAGCAUGAAGAAGUGUGCUCGUACUUCCACACGCUGCAGGUGGAGACGAUCACAGAAAACCUGCGACUGUUUAAAGGAAUGAGCACCGAGCAGAGGCAGCGGCUCGACUACAUCAGGGACUGUACGGCUCAAGAAUACCUGCAGCGCUUCCAGGUGAGCUUCCUUCCACGGAGUCGAUGGAUUUCCCGUAACACGGUGAGUCCCGCCUGCUGCAGGGUCUCAGCGGGCCGACCUCUGGGACAGAAGAAGCAAACGGGCUCCUUCAAUGAGCGGAGGGAAUUGCAGACCCUGAGCUGGAGGGAGCGCAUCGAGAGGGGUGGCCAUGCUACCUGGAUACAGAGACACUGCACGGAGGCCGCUGGAACUAGCUGCGUGCUGGAAGGACCCCUGUCACAGUGUCACAUGGAUUCAUGGUACGUUAUCGUCGGGGCUGCACUGCCUGCAGUCAGAAACUCUCCGUUCUGUGAAGGAGGUUUGUUAAACCACUUAAAUGAAGCCCUGAUGGACCCAGCAGUAGACUGGACUCGCGCACCUCGCGUACCCCCCUGUGACUCUUGCCACGUGACUUGCACGGCCUCCAUCUUGUCCGAUGUUGCAGCUCUUUGCAUCUUCACAGCCGACAGUGAUCGCAUCAAAAAGAAGAAACGGUGUCUGGUGUUUGGCAGCUGCUCAGUGUGGGGUGCCUGUGAAAGCCAAUUGGGGGAUUUAGUCUUAACAUUUUCUGCAGAGCCUUCAGUUCCUCCAAGAGGCUGCAUCACGCUGCACGAUGGGGAGCCGCGGUACCAGCAGCAACUCUUAGGUUGUGUUGUGUUUUCCCUGCAGAACCUGAACUCUGGGGAUGCCCUGCUGCUGCCUGUGCUUUCUGCCUUCACUCGUGUCACCGCAGCUGUUGUGCUCUGCCUGCAUGUGUGUUUUCGCUCAGUCACGUUCAGGUGUCCGGCCCCUUCAGGCGUAGUUGGGACAAUGCUUGUGUGCGUUGGCUUCUGCCCUAAAGCUGCUGCACGAAUACUCCCUGUUCUCACUGACGUCCAUAACUGUGUGGGUCAGUUGUUAGGAGAGGAGGAGGACUCAGGUAAAAAUCUGCCGUCUGGGUGUGACAGUCAGGUGCUGCAGUUUGUUCCCAUGGAGGAACUGCUCACAGGAGGACUGACUGAGUUCCUGCGGACCAUGAACUCUGAAAUCAUCCAACAGAAGCUGCAUUUGCUCAUGCAAUCAUAGUGCAGUUUAGUGAGCUUGGACUCUGGGGUACAUGCUAUUGGUUCAGAAGUUGUGUCAUUAGGUCACAGUCGGUUUUAUUCUUGUCUAGUCAGCAGACUGUUUAACGACGCUAAAUCAUUUUUGUGUGCUAAUAUUAAAAAAAGUACUCCACUCAUUCAGCAUUGCACUGCUAUAAACAUUUUCACACUCACAAUGGACAGUUUUAAAGAGGCUCAAAAUUGAUGCAGCAGAAUCCGAUAUAUAUUUAUAAAUAUUUUUUACUCCGUGCAUUCUUCUUGCUAGCAUUACCUACAUUGUAACUCAACGUUUUUUUAUUAUUUAAACUUGUAGUCUUCAGCCCCAACUGAGCAAAUCAAGUGACUUUACAUAUACACAUAUCUCUGAUUAGAUAAAAUCCCCAAAAUAGUCAGGCUUUAAUGCAGAAGUCCAACCUGUGCUCUUAAAUAAGGUAAACCUUCACCAGUAAAGUCUCAAAAACAUCUUUCCGACUAAAUGCAAUUGUGCUACAUGCAAAGCUUUUGACAACAUGCAGGCGGGAACAACGUUGUCUGAUGAUACAAACUUGCAGUGCAUGAAAAUGCAAAUUACUUUCAGCAUUUGGAUCAACAGAACUCAUCCGUGACUGAAUUCACUGAGGAUUUUAGGGAGGUUGAAUAAACAAUAGUCCAACCCUCAGCACCAGACCUCCUGUCAGUCACAGAUGUUUUUUGUUGAAAUCCACAUCACAAAGACCCGGGAGUUUUACCCUGAAGUGCCUGUUGUGUGGAUUAUUAUGGAUCUUUUAGUCUUUUUGCCAUCAUGCAGUUUACAGGCGACUUAUGGUAUAACAGUUAAUUUCUCUUUUGUGUCCUGUGGAAAAAAAACUUUCUAUCCACAUAUAAAAGGACAGACUGCCUCACUAAAAUGUUUUAUACUGCAUGAGCUGCUAACUAAGGAGCUGUUGAGAAAAGAACUGUAUAUUAGCUUCAAUAAAAAUAUGCAGUUUUUGCUUAUUGGUAUAGCUUUAUACUUUUUUUUUAUUUUAAGUUUGUUGUUCAUAAUAUUAGUACAAUGUAUAUCAGCACAGUGUAACUGAGGAGCUUAUUUUCUAAAAAAAACAAAAUGUGCACUGACAAAUUACAUUAAGUCUAAUGUACUGGAGUCAAAUUUAGGACUGUUAUGAUGCAGUUUUUGCUUAUUUGUAUAGCUUUAUAGUUUUCUUUUAUUUUAAGUUUGUGGUUCAUAAUAUCAGUACAAUGUAUAUCAGCACAGUGUAACUGAGGAGUUUAUUUUCUAAAAAAAUAAAAAUGUGCACUGACAAAUUA